AUGCAUCAACUUAAUGUCAUGGAAAAAGAAGGAUUCAGGGGACGUCGACGUUUGGACCCUGCUUGUCUAGAACUUAAUUCUGCAAGAGGAUGUUACAUUGCAGAUUCAAAAUGCAUCGAUAAGAAUUGCAAGCCAUGCACCCCAGGAGUGUCUCAAGAGGAGGCAGAGGAUGUAGUUUCUUUAGCAUUGUCUGUUGUAUUUGGAACUAUGACAUUCUGUCUGCUGAUUUCUUUGUUACUUCUGUAUUUCGUCAAUAGGAGAAGGAAAGGAGAAAACAGAAAGAGGAAGUACGAAGAUAUCAACCUGCAUGCAACAGAAAAUGAAAAUCUUCUAAGAAAGUCACUGGAAAUGGAUGCUAAACCAAAUGUUCCAUAUCAUGAAAGAGGUUACAUGUAUAUUUUAGAAGAAACAAGCGCCAGAAUAACAGACAUCAAAGAUGAAAGCAAUACAAAAGUUUCUACUCUAAAUGCUGCCUGCAAGAAUGGAAAGACAGAUGCGUGUAGAUAUAUCAUCAAUCGCUAUCCAGAUAUGCUUAAUCAGGUAGAUGAUGAAGGAUGGAAUGCAACAUUAUACGCUGCACAAGGAGGAAACGUUGAAAUUCUAGAACUUCUGCAAGAAAAAGGCGUCAAUAUGAUAUAUGAAAACAAGUUUGGCAAAAAUAUUCUUCACAUUGCUUGUGUCAAUUCCCGAUUAGAAAUGUGUCAAUAUAUCGUCCAAAGGUAUCCAGAUAUUCUUAAACAGGUAGAUAAUUUUGAAGGGUUUAAUGCUGCACUAUACGCCGCACAAGGUGGGAAUGUUGAAAUUCUAGAACUUCUAGCAGAAAAAGGCGUCGACCUCUUAUAUAAAGACAAGUUUGGCAGAAAUAUUCUUCAUAUCGCUUGUGUACAUUCCCAGUUAGAAAUGUGCCAACAUAUCGUCCAACGUUAUCCAGAUAUGCUUAUACAGGUAAAUAAUGAAGGACAGAAUGCUGCAUUAUACGCCGCUCAAGGAGGGAAUGUUGAAAUUUUAGAACUUCUAGCAGGAAAAGGCGUCGACAUGACAUAUAAAAACAAGUUUGGCAGUAAUAUUCUUCACAUUGCUUGUGUCAAUUCUCAAUUAGAUAUGUGCUGGCGAAUCAUCCAGCAUUAUCCAGAUAUUCUUAAGCAGGUUGAUAUUUCUGAAGGGUGGAAUGCUGCAUUUUACGCCGCAAAAGGAGGAAAUGUAAUAAUCUUAGAACUUCUGGCAGACAAAGAUGUUAAUCUGAUGUAUAAAGACAAACUUUGCAGAAAUAUUCUUGACAUUGCUUGUGUGUUUUCCCGAUUAGAAAUGUGCCAACAUAUCGUCCAACAUUAUCCAGAUUUGCUUAAUAAGGUAGACAAUGGAGGAAACAAUGCUGCCUGUUAUGCUGCAACAGGAGGGAAUGUUAAAAUUUUAAAACUGUUGGCAGAAAAAGGCGCCGACAUGACUUAUAAAAACAAGCAUGGAAUGAAUAUUCUCCACUUUGCCUGUAGGUUUUCUAACUUAGAAAUGUGCCAACAUAUAAUCCACCAUUAUCCAGAUAUGCUUAAUCAGGUGGGUUAUAAAGGGCUGAGUGCUGUAUUAUCCUGCGCACAAGGUGGAAAUGUCAGAAUUUUAAAACUUCUGGCACGAAAAGGCGUCGACCUCUCAUAUAAAGACAAAUUUGGCAGAAAUAUUCUUCACUUAGCUUGUGUCAAUUCCCGAUUAGAAAUGUGCCAACAUAUCGUCCAACAUUAUCCAGAUUUGCUUAAGCAGAUGGCUAAUUAUGAAUGGUGGAAUGUUGCAUUUUACGCCGCUCAAGGAGGGAAUGUUGAAAUUUUGAAACUUCUUGCAGAAAAAGGCGUCGACCUCUCAUAUAAAGACAAAUUUGGCAGAAAUAUUCUUCACUUAGCUUGUGUCCAUUCCCGAUUAGAAAUGUGCCAACAUAUCGUCCAACAUUAUCCAGAUUUGCUUAAGCAGAUAGAUAAUUAUGAAGGGUGGAAUGUUGCAUUAUACGCCGCUCAAGGGGGGGAUGUUGAAAUUUUGAAACUUCUUGCAGAAAAAGGCGUCGACAUGACAUACAAAAGCAAGUUUGACAGAAAUAUUCUUCACACUGCUUGCUUACAUUCUAAAUUAGAAAUGUGCGAACAUAUUGUCCAACAUUAUCCAGAUUUGCUUAAGCAGGUAACUAAAGAAGGGAACAAUGCUGCUUGUUAUGCUUCAAUGGGGGGAACUGUUGAAAUUUUAGAACUUCUCGCAGAAAAAGGCGUCGGCAUGAGAUAUAAAAACAAGUUUGGCAUUAACAUUCUCCAUUAUGCCUGUAUGUAUUCCAAAUUAGAAAUAUGUCAAUAUAUCAUCAAGCAUUAUCCAGAAAUGAUUCAUCAGGUAGGUGAUGAAGGGUGCAAUACUGCAUUAUGCUGCGCAAAAGGUGGAAAUGUUAUUAUUUUAGAACUUCUGGCAAAAAAAGGCGUUGACCUCUUAUAUAAAGACAAGCUUGGCAGAAAUAUUCUUCAAAUUGCUUGUAUGUUUUCCCGAUUAGAAAUGUGCCAAUAUAUCGUCCAACGUUAUCCAGAUAUGCUUAAGCAGGUGGAUAAUGAUGAAGGCUGGAAUGCUGCAUUUUACGCCGCACAAGGAGGGAAUGUUGAAAUUUUAAAACUUAUGGCAGACAAGGGCAUCGACAUGACAAAUAACAUCAAGCUUGGCAGAAAUAUUCUUCACAUUGCUUGUGUCAGUUCCCGAUUAGAAAUGUGCCAACAUAUCGUCCAACAUUAUCCAGAUAUGCUUAAUCAGGUAGAUAAUGAAGGAUGGAAUGCCGCAUUAUACGCCGCUCAAGGAGGAAACGUUGAAAUUAUAGAACUUCUGGCAGAAAAUGGCGUCGAUCUGACACAUAAAAACAAACAUGGCUUUAAUAUUUAUCACAUUGCUUGCAUGAAUUCUAAAUUAGAGAUGUGGCAACAUAUCAUGCAACAUUAUCCAGAUAUGCUUAUUCAGCUUAACAAUGAUGGAUGA